AUGUCCAUGUGCCGUAUAUGCUUGUCACAUAAUAGAAACUCUCGAUCCAUUUUCGACUAUAUUAAUGGGAAUACAUUUGCCAAUAUGAUGUCUUCUCUUGCAAAUAUAAAGAUUAUUAAAAAUGCUAAAAUCUCUGAAAAAAUAUGUAAGUUAUGCUCUCAGAAACUUGUUGAUGCAUAUAAUUUAAAAACUCAGAUAGAAAGUUCUGCUGAACUACUUCAAAAUUCCAUAGGACUGAAAAAAAUAUGUUUUGGAAAUUUGAAUGACAUUAAAGCAAAAAUUGAAAUAACUGUUAACAAUAUUACCUCCAAGUUAGAAAGUGGAAAGGAUAUUUUUUUCAAGGAUGGAGAAACUUCAAUAUGUUAUUAUAAUACAAUCAUAAGGAAAAUUGAGGUUGAUGAUAUAGCUGUAAAAAAUGAAGAACCAAUGUCAGUUAUAGAUUUUUUGAAAAAUAUUAAGGCUGAUUCUGAACCUGACUAUGAUAACUUUGGUGUUGAUUCUGAUUACAUCCUACAAUCUGAAGGUGAACACAAUGAAGAUAUUAAACUAAAACCUCAUCAAACUAAAAGAAAAACAAAAUUGAAGAAAAGAAAACUCAAGAAUGCCACAAAAGCAGUAAAAAUUAAAAUUAAAACUGAGAAACAAGAGAAAACUAAACUUCUCAUCAAACCUGUAUUUUUGAAUGAUAUUCAGGUGCUGCCUACAAAAAAUGAUAAAAUACAGAAAGCAAGGAAAAAGGAUGGCAAAUUACAAAUGUGUAAUUAUUGUGGAAAAAUGACAAAAUCCAUAAAAUCACAUCUGUUGAUUCAUACAGGUAAAAAAUCAUAUAAGUGUAAUAUUUGCUCCAAAGAUUUUUUUACUAAUGGCAAUUUAAUGAGGCAUCAAAUGUUACAUAAUGCAGAGAAAAUAUUUAAAUGUGACAAAUGUGUAGCAGCUUUCACCACAAAGGGGUCGUUAAAAAGUCAUUAUGUAAUGCACAUGGAUGAGAAAAAAAUUAUCUGUGACAUCUGCAACAAAUCGUUUAAACGGAAAAACUCUCUACGUCGUCACAGAUUGACUCAUAGUAUGGCUAAUAAAUGUAUUAAGUGUGAUUUCUGCAAUAUGACGUUUUUCACCAAAUGCAACAUGCGGCAUCAUCUUAGGGUGCACACAGGCGAACGUCCUUUUAAAUGCGAGAUCUGCAAUCAACCAUACAGCUACAAACAUGACUUCAACCGGCACUGUUUUAAAAAACAUGGAGUAUUCCUAAAACGAAGGGCUGUAUACGUUAUGAACGAAGAGGUGCUGAUGAGAGAACGGGCACUUAUGCGAGAUCUGAUGCUUAAGGUGCAGAGAAUUGAUAAAGAAGGAGAACCCCUUAAUCCGUUCGAAGGACCACAGGGGGCGCUAGCUUUUGAAUUAGCGGUGAAAGUAUUAAAAUCAAAAAAUAUCCCUAUAGAUUUUAAUUAA